CAAGAAGAUCGUCGCAUCGAUCAUCAAUGUCAGUAAGUUCUUUGUCCGUGACUUCUUUGAUCUGAGAGCAAAAGAAAGAAGAUCUGAAACCCUGGAAAUUCCUCUGUUUUCUUCCCCUUCUUUUAUGUGCUUUAUGCUCUCUUUAAUUUGUAAAAGCAGGGGAUAAAUUGACAGAAUGCACAGUCAUUAUUCCGCUCUUCCGAAGAGUUCAUUCGUAGAAAUUCGUGACGAUGUUGUUUCUCAGGAUAAUCUUGAUUCCUCAAACGUUAUAUCUUCCCAAAAGAACUUUGUAAAAUUACUUCCAAUAGGAGAUGCAGAAGUCAGCCACAUCGAUGAUGAUGAUGAUGAUGAUAUCACAUUUAUGGUUAGCGAUGUCAAGGAUGGCGGAUCUGGAAUCCCUGGAGCCGUUUUCAACCUCUCAACAACGAUUAUUGGCGCUGGAAUUAUGGCCCUUCCUGCCACCAUGAAAGUCCUUGGGAUAGUUCUUGGGCUUAUUAUGAUAGUUUUGAUGGGGAUCUUGUCGGAGAUCAGUAUUGAAUUACUUGUUCGGUUCUCUGUUCUUCGCAAGGCGCAUUCUUACGGUGAUGUUGUUCAGUCAGUGUUGGGUCGUCCGGCGAGGAUUCUGUGUGAGAUAUGUAUAAUUAUCAAUAAUGCAGGGGUUUUGGUAGUUUAUUUGAUAAUCAUGGGCGAUGUCAUGUCGGGUUCUCCGGAUCAUGUUGGGGUUUUUGAUCAAUGGCUUGGAAAUGGGUUUUGGGAUCACAGGAAGAUAGUGGUAUUAAUCAUUGUGGUGCUUUUUCUUGCGCCGCUUUGCUCUUUGGAGAAGAUUGAUUCCUUGAGCUUGAGUUCAGCUGCUUCAGUGGCUCUAGCUGUUGUUUUUGUUGUUGUUGCCAGUGCGAUAGCUUCUGUGAAGCUUGUUGAAGGGUGGAUAGCACCACCGAGGUUGAGCCCAGACUUUGGGUCGAGGAAGGCUAUAAUGGAUCUGCUUGUAGUGAUCCCAAUCAUGACGAACGCAUAUGUAUGUCACUUUAAUGUGCAGCCCAUCUAUAAUGAGCUCGAAGGUCGAUCUCCUCAGAAAAUGAAUCGGGUAGGGAGGAUCACUACUGUUUUGUGUGUUUUGGUUUAUGCCGCAACAGCUGUAUCUGGGUAUCUACUGUUCGGGGAAGAUACAGAAUCAGAUGUGCUGACCAACUUUGAUAGGGACCUUGGGAUCCGUUUCAGUUCAGCCCUCAACUAUAUUGUUCGUGUUGGGUACAUUCUUCAUCUGGUGCUUGUCUUCCCUGUUAUCCACUUCUCCCUAAGGCAAACAGUGGAUGCCUUGGUGUUUGAGGGAUCAGAGCCUCUGUCAGGGAGCAGGAAGAGGUCAUUGGCCUUAACAGGGGUGUUGUUGACGCUUAUCUAUAUUGCUUCCACUAUGAUUCCCAACAUUUGGACGGCUUUUAAGUUUACAGGGGCUACGACAGCAGUCUCAUUGGGUUUCAUAUUUCCAUCUCUGCUUGCAUUAAGGUUGAACCAGCAAGGGGUGGAUUUUAGCCAAGGAGAGAAGCAUUUGUCUUGGGUGAUGCUGGUAUUGGCAACAGCAGUUAGUAUCAUAGGAGUAGCUGGAAAUAUAUAUAGCCUCGACAGCUAAUCUGGAUGACACUUCCCCGUUUGAUUUUUGAUACUUCAUUAUAAGGUAAUCAGUUUGUGGAUUUGACAGAAAUUUUGGGAAAGAUAUUUCUACACGCAUAUGUUGAUGUUGUUAUAACUUUGAGUUGAAAAUUAAAUGGCUAAGGAUAUUGGGUGGUGAUGGGAGAAAAUUAUCUCCAGCUUUGACAUGGCUGUCCAGAGACUGGAGAGCUCACUGAUUGUGCUGAAAGAUACCACUUGAUGCUUUUUUGUGGAGGGCAUGUCUCUUGUUGAUGUGUUUCCUGGAGUUGUUAGAUCAUAGUCAGAAAAAUCCGGAUUAAUCUAUUAUGCUGGAGGGGGAGGUUCUUGUGGAGGCACGAUUGAGGGUAAGAUAUUUUGAUAUGUGAUGGAUUUGUGCUGGAAUUGGGUCGGUUUUACAUUCUUUAGUCCACUUAAUAAUCUUCUUAAAUUCAAACAGCCUUAAAUGCAAAGGGAAGACCGCAAGGGUUCCUAUGGAGGCGCCACAGAUUUUUAUUAUUUUGUGGAAGUUAAAAUUGUUGGAACAGUUUAUACCUUUAUGAUAGAACAGUUUUAUGUUUUAUGUUAUUCUAGCCACUUAAUCUUCUUCACAAUCUUCAAUUUUAUGAUGCUGCAACGAUGUUGCUAAUAAAUACUCUGAUAAAAGUACUCUUCCAACUGGUUUACACGAUUUGUAAAAUAUGCCAUAAAUUAGUUGGGUCAGAUAUCACUUAUUUUCUGAUUCAUGGGUUGUUGCUCAGUGUUAUGUCGGUUUGAAUGCUCACAUUUGGAUGGCUUGCAUUUAUCAUUUGUGUUGAGAUA